GCCAGGCAUCAUUUCGCCAAAAUGAUUGCUGGUGGUGGCUAUUUUGAAGGUUCCCAUGAUCAGAGCCUCAUGGCAGGAUCUUUGAUCCAUGACUCUUCUCAAGCUCCUAAAGGCAACGACAACACAAGCAUUGAGCUACAUGAAUUCAAAAUGUCAUCCUUUUCCACAGAAGUACUCUCCAAUCCGACCGAUUUUUCGUCUCAAGAUGCGGGAGCAUUUAAUCACCUUCAGCAUCAACUAGGAAUUGAUUUGGGGCAAGAGGCCCCCCAAGGAGAAACUGCAAGUUGGGAUCCUUCUACCGGCACUAACCAAGAUCACAUCAUCAACCAUCAGUUUGGCGAAUAUUCACAAAACAUAUCAGUGGAACAACAUAUCCAACAGUAUGAUGGUGCACUACGUCCGAACAGUGCUUACACACCUGCACCUGAUCUCCUAAAUCUUCUUCAGUGCACUCUAACUCCAGCAUUCCCUGGAGCAACAUCCGUCUUCGGCGAUACAGCACUCAAUGGUAGUAACUAUUUGGAUCUUAAUGGUGAAAUUACAGGAGUGGCAGCAAUUCCUGACAGUGGGCUGAUGUUCACUGGUGAUUCAGCAAUGCAGUUAGCAUAUCCUGCUACUCAGUCUCAUCUGGUUAAGGAUAUCUGCUAUUCACUGCCACAGAAUUAUGGACUUUUCCCUACUGAGGAUGAUACAGAUGUGAUGAUUGGGGUUGGAAGUGCAGGUGAUCUUUUCCAGGAGAUAGACGACAGACAAUUUGAUAGCGUAUCUGAAUGCAGAAGAGGGAAGGGCAAGGGGAAAGCUAACUUUGCAACUGAGAGAGAGAGGCGGGAGCAGCUAAAUGUGAAGUACAGGACUUUGAGAAUGCUAUACCCAAAUCCUACCAAGAAUGACAGGGCUUCUAUAGUAGGCGAUGCCAUUGAGUACAUAGAUGAGCUCAAUCGAACAGUGAAGGAACUGAAGAUCCUUGUGGAACAGAAGAGGCAUGGAAACAAUAGGGAAAAGAUGAUAAAGUUGGAUCAUGAGGCUGCUGCUGAUGGCGAGAGCCCAUCGAUGAGGCCAAUCAGGCAUGAUCAAGACAGUCAGCUCAAUGAAACCAUAAGGAGCUCAUGGAUUCAUAGGAGGUCAAAGGAAUGCCAUGUUGAUGUCCGCAUAGUGGAUGAUGAAGUAAAUAUCAAGCUCACUGAAAAGAAGAAGGCCAACUCUCUGUUUCAUGCUGCAAAGGUUCUAGAUGAGUUCCAACUUGAGCUCAUCCACACGGUUGGCGGGAUAAUAGGUGAUCACCACAUAUUCAUGUUUAACACUAAGGUACCUGAAGGCUCCUCAGUUCAUGCAUGUGCUGUGGCUAAGAGGCUUAUUGAAGCAGUGGAUGCGCAGCACCAAACUUUUAACAAUUUCAACUAA